CAUAAUUACAAAAAAGUCCAUGAAUAAAAGAACCCAAUAAAACAAAGUUGACAUCAUCAUGUACACAUAAAAACAUGUUACUUAUAAACUCAAUGGAAAUCACACACAUCAAACCAAUAAAACCCAACACCAACCUACACAAACACAACACCACCCAAAAUAAUACACCACCCAAAAUAAUAAAAAGCCCAAUAAUUUGGCAUACAUUUUCCACUUCAUCCUUAAUUAAAAACCGCUCUCUUAAACCCGACCCCACCUCCAUUAAAAUCCAACUUCCUUCCUCUCUUCAUUUAACCCCUUUUUCCACGGCUAACAUUCACUCUUUCUUUCUUCAUCUUCUUCUUCUUCACUUCUUCUUCCUCCACCUUUUUCUCUCUCAUCACGUGACUUCCUCAUGCCGACGUGCGGCGAUGUAAACGCGGUGGCGCGUGCUCUCAAGUGCCGUAACAGCACGUCGGCAGCUCACAUAAAGCUUCUCUCCACUCUCGUCAUAUUCGCUACAAGCGUCGCCGGAAUUUCAUUCCCAGUUGUUCUUGCGAAAUCCUUCGCCGGAAAACCAGCCUACGACAGGGCUACUUUAGUAAUUAAGUGUUACGCUGCAGGGGUAAUCUUGUCAACUUCACUCGUGCAUGUCCUACCCGACGCCUUCGACGCGUUGGGUGACUGCGUGGUUGCCACGCGCCACCCUUGGAAGGACUUUCCCUUCGCGGGGCUCGUAACGCUUAUCGGGGCGCUACUGGCUUUACUUGUUGAUCUCGCGGCGAAUUCCUCCCACGCGGAGGUACACGCGCGUGGGGGGUAUACGCAGCUGGAUGCCCCCCACUGCCACGGUGGCAGUGGGGAAGGGAAGGUGGAGAUGGUGGUGGUGGUGAGGGAGAAUGGUGACGUGGUGGAGGAGAGAGAGAGUGAGAAGGUGGCGGCGGCCGAGGCGGCCGAGGAAGAGGCAAGGGAGAAAAUGAGGCAGAGGAUGGUGUCACAAGUGUUGGAGAUAGGAAUAAUAUUUCAUUCGGUGAUCAUUGGGGUGACCAUGGGUAUGUCACAAAAUGUUUGUACAAUAAAACCACUUGUUGCUGCUCUUUCUUUUCAUCAAAUUUUUGAAGGCAUGGGACUUGGUGGUUGCAUUGCUCAGGCAGGAUUCAGCUUCAAGACAACAGCCUAUAUGUGCUUCAUGUUUUCAGUAACGACGCCAGUGGGGAUAAUUUUGGGGAUGAUAAUUUUUGCGCUGACAGGGUACGAUGACAGCAGUGCUAACGCGUUGAUUUCUGAGGGUUUGCUAGGUUCACUAUCAUCCGGUAUACUCAUAUACAUGGCUCUAGUCGACCUAAUAUCUGCAGAUUUCUUCCAUAACAAGUUGAUGAGCUCAGAGACGAAGAUGAAAAAGGGUUGUUAUAUUGCUCUGGUUCUUGGUUCUGCUUCUAUGUCAAUACUUGCUCUUUGGGCUUGAAAAUUUUGUGCAUAUUUGUAACUCAUGUAAGAAUGUACUUGUACCUGUGGUAAAUUUGAUUAUGCUAGAAAUAGAUCUCCUUGCACUCGUAAAUUAUACUACAUACAAAGUACUAUGAUCUACGGUGUUGUUAGGCUUGUCAAUAGUUUGGUAAUUGAGCCUUAAUUUGGUGCC